AUGCUGCGAGACUCACCAGAUCGUUAUGCAACAGGCCUGCGCCUGAACAAGGAAUGGGCAGCACAGACAGCCCGCGACCACCCUAAACUCUUCCCUACCCUCGCCUCGGGCCAGACACCGCAGAUUCUCUGGAUCGGAUGCUCCGACUCUCGCUGUCCGGAAACCACCUUUUUGGGCCUCGAGCCCGGUGAUGUCUUCGUGCAUCGCAACAUCGCCAAUAUCCUUCACCCCGGCGAUCUCAGCUCCUCCGCCGUUAUCCAAUACGCCGUGCAAAACCUGCGCGUCAACCACGUCGUGGUGUGCGGUCACACUGCCUGCGGUGGCGUGGCGGCUGCGUUGGGCAACAAGAACCUGGGUAUUCUGGACCCAUGGCUGUUUCCCCUUCGCCAGCUGCGGGAGCGUAAUCUUAAGCUUCUUCAGUCAAUACCAACUGACGAGGCAGCCUCGAGACUGGCUGAGUUGAACGUUCGCGAGGGCUUGAACAUCGUCAAACAGAAGAGUGUUGUGUUGAAUGCGAUCCGGGAGCGGGGACUCCAGGUACAUGGUUUGAUUUACGACGUUGGAUCGGGUGUGCUCAGUGAGCUGGACACGGAGGAUUCGGAGGAGGUUAUUAGGGCUCGUUUGACGGCUUUCCAAACGGAGUGA